AUAUUGUAACGAUCAUAUGGAUAGAUAAGCUUUUUAUACGUAUGAUCUCAAAUAUUUUACUCAUCUUCGAACAUGAAUGUGUGUAUGUUUUGAAUUUUCUAAUAAAUUUCUUAUAGUAUAUAUAGUAAUAAAAUAUACAUAUAUAUAUCUAUAUAAACACAUACAUAAUGGCUUAACAGGUUAGAAUAGGUCAUUCACAUACUUUGAAAGAUUUUUAAUUAGCUAUUAUAAAAUAACAAUAUUUGAAAGUAACAAUCAUAAUUCAAUAUGACGAAAAAUUAUUCGAAAGAAACAUCAAUUCCAUCGAAAUUAAAGGGUCCAAACGAUCACAAUGAAUUUUUGAAUCGAAUUACAAAGUCAUUGUAUUAUUUCGAAUUUCCGAUGACCGAUUGUCUCAGUUUGCCAGUUACUGAAAUGGCGGCGGAACUUUUUACUGGGGUGAAUCAUACAUUAGAACGAUUAGAUGUGGAAGAAGCAAGUAAAAUUUCUAGAAACGCCUGUGUUUCUCCUUGUUCCUUAAUCCUAGCAUUAUUGUACUUAGAAAAAUUAAAAGAUUGUAAUCCUGAAUAUCUUCAACAAGUGGCACCUUCUAAACUAUUUCUUGUUUCUUUAAUGGUAGCUACUAAAUUCUUGAACGAUGAUGGAGAAGAAGAUCAAGUUUUUAAUACAGAAUGGGCAUUGUCAAGCAAUUUAACCAUAUUGCAGAUAAAUCAAUUGGAAAAGGAGUUUUUAAAUGCUAUUGAUUGGUCUGUAUAUGUCCAAAAUCAAGAUUUUUGGAAAAGGCUACAAAAACUAGAAAAAGAUAUUGCUUAUAAAGAAGCUCAAAAACGAGGAUGGUUUUCUUACACAGAAUUAAGUUGUCUUAUGGAUUCCGUUCAACUACUAGCUCUUGUUUAUGAAUUUAUAAAUAUAUCAUCUGUAUGUUUAGUAGCAUAUGCUAUUGGAGUAGUCACUAUUUUGGGAUCUGCUAUAGUUACAAGUCAUUUGCCUGGUACACAUCUUAGUUCAACGGUAUUGAGAAAUACUGAAAAUAUAACAAACAUAAGCAUAGAUACAGAGAUAGAGAAAGAAAGGAUAAAUCAAGAUAUUGAGAUACCUGAUAUAUUUACAACGAUGGAUUUUACACAUGCUACAAAGUCUGAUAAAAUAUGUGAAAAAAAUGAAGUAGUAAGCAUAUCUUGGAAAUGUUGGAUACAUUCUAUGGCUACUUGGCUUCCUGAAGAUACAUAUUUGAAAUCUCAACCAAUGAACCAAUUACACUUUACAGAUUAUAUUACAUUUUCUACUAUAAGUAAAUUUAUACUCGAUACUAAUUCUUCUACGGAAUUAAUUCUACAAUGAAAAAGA